CAAAGAAGCCGUCACGACUCACGGCCCGAUGUAUGUAUAUAUAAACUCCAUCCGAUCUCCGCCAAUAGCAGCAGCAGCAGCUGGCUAGCCAGUAGUAUACAUGCAUCAUCAUUAAUUAAUUAUUAUAAUUGCUCAAUCCUCGAUCGAGUUAAUUAAAAUUCGACCAACCUCCCAAUUGAAUUGAAAUUGAAUUAAUGGAGGAAGUUCACAUCCAAGAAACCGUCACCGUUCGCCCCUCAUCUCCGCCGCUUUUCGACCACCACGCCGUCUUCCCUCUUUCCCACCUCGACACCGAUCGGAAUCUCAACGUCGUCUUCCGCUACCUCCGGGUUUACGUAGCCCACCACACCUCAAAACAAGCAGCCGCCCUCGACCCGUUCGAGGUUGUCACUUCGUCCCUCUCAUCCGCGCUCGUCCGCUGGUUCCACUUCGCCGGGACACUGCGCCGCCGGGACGGAGAUAACCGCCUCGAGUUGCGUUGCCCCGUCGGCGGCGGCGGCGUCAGGGUGUUGCGGGCUACGGCGGAUUGCACACUCGGCUCCGUUAACUAUCUGGACGACCCGGAUGAGAAGUUCGUGGAGAGAUUGGUACCCGACCCGAGUGUAGAAGAGGCGAUGGCCUACCCGUUGACCCUGCAGGUUACCCGGUUCGGGUGCGGCGGGUGGGUCAUGGGGACGGCCGUGCACCACGCGAUGUGCGAUGGGAUGGGGGCCACGCUGUUCUUCAACGCCAUGGCGGAGGUGGCUCGCGGAGAGGCGGCAUUCUCGGUGGAGCCGGUUUGGGACAGGGCGGCUCUGCUCGGACCAAGAAAGCCGCCUCGGGUUGACUUUCCAGUGCACCAGUUCUUGAGCCUGGAUAGAGAUUCCGUGCCAUAUGCCCAAGCGGCCGGCGGCGUGGCCCGAGAGUUCUUUGAGAUGAAGGAGGAGUCGUUGGAGCGGCUCAAAGCCGCUUUGCUUCACACAUCCGCCGCCGGCUCAACCUAUACCACCUUCGAAGCUUUAGGUGCUUUCAUAUGGCGAGCAAGUGUGAAGGCGUGUAAGAUGGCGGAAGAGGAGACGGUAAAAUUCGCUUACCAGAGCAACAUAAGGAGAAAGGUGAAGCCCCCGCUUCCGUUAGGUUAUUGGGGCAAUGGCUGCGUCCCCAUGUACGUCCAGCUCGCCGCUGCUGAUCUCAUUCGACAGCCGCUGUGGAAGACGGCAGAGUUGAUCAACCGUAGCAAGUUCAACACCACCGACGACUAUGUCCGCUCCUUCAUCGACUUCCAAGAGCUUCAUUUCCACCAAGGGAUCACUCCCGGGAACCAGGUGAGCGGCUUCACCGACUGGCGCCACAUCGGCCACGCCACCGUCGACUUCGGCUGGGGUGGCCCCGUCACCGUCUUCCCUCUCACUAGGCACUUGCUCGGUGGGGUGGCGCCUUGCUACUUCUUGCCCUACUCCGCCGCCGCCUCUGCUGGAGCUAAGCAGGAUGGGUUUAAGGUGUUGGUGUACGUGCAGGAAGAUGCCAUGCCUGCGUUCAAGGAAGAGAUGGAGAAACUCAGUGGCGGCGGCGAGCUUUUGCUUUAAUUUCUUCACUUUUUCGGAGUAAUUAAUUUCCACAACUACAUCAUACCUUUUGUAAUGUUCCACGCACCAAUUAUUGAUGCUUCCCCAAGAAGACUGGUGUGAUAGGUUACCGGUCAUAAACUUAAUUCAUCCAUGUCAACAAUAAUUGUUUUUAAUAAAUAAAAUUUACAUAUUCGAAAACUAAA